AUGCCAAGAAGAUCAUAUGCACCAAGACUAAGACCAGUGUUCAUCUAUGGCACUCUACGCUCCAUGCCCGUUCUCUCAUGGGUACUGACAGGAAAAUCUACAAACACUGAAGUCGUGUCUAAACUUAUACGACCCGCGAGAAUACACGGCUACGCUCGAUUUUCACUUAAAAAUCGUGACUACCCAGGAGUGGUGAAACACUACCCAGAAUCAACAGUAGAUGGAUACCUACUAAAGAUUGGGGCGGAUGCCGAGCGCCAAAAACUGGAUGAAUUCGAAGGCAUGUCCUACAAAUCAACCACUGUAACCGUGUCCCUUGUUGACGACCAAGGGAGGCUUACUGAGGACACGGUCGAAGCCGACAUGUAUAUAUGGGCUGGUGCUCCGAGCGCUGUAACAGACAAGCCGUGGGACCUAGAUACUUUCGUCGAAACGAGAUUGGAAAAUUGGUUGGAACUAUUUGAAGCGCUGGGCUCGGAUGACGAAGAGUAGUAUUUCCGCAAUGAGAAGCAUUGAGGAAACAGGGGAUGGG